AAAAAAAAAAACUUAGGACUUAAAAAAAAAACUUAGAUGAGGCGGUAGGGCAGGCAAAUACCGGCGACGCGAUCGGCGGAAACUCUGCAAAUUCUUCUCAGUUCAGAACUCAAAACCUUGUCAAUUUCAUAAACGUCGGUUCAUUUUCAGGUGUAUUGGGAGUCAAUGACUGUUGCUGUCCCGACCUUCAUUUCCAUCAUCCACACCUCUGAGCUGCUCACAUUACUCUGACUCUAGAGUUUCUGUUUUGAUUACCUUUGUUCGAAAGCCGGAUUCUAAUUUGCGAUCUAGAGAUGAACACUGAAGAGGUUUUAGAGGAGCUUCUCAACGUAGAAGUGCAGAUAAACGAAGUCCAAGCUGAAAUAAAUGUACUUCUGGAACGCCAAGACAACUUGUACCAAAGAAAAUCCGAGCUGCAGUCUUUGUUAGAACUCUGCAAAGAAACAGAAGAUUCUGUCAGCCAGGGUACAGGCACUUCAACGAAUUCAGAAAAUUGGUCUGGUUUAUUUAAAUGGGAUUCUGAAGCGGAUGACUUUAAGUUGAACAUCUUUGGCAUAUCCUCAUAUCGUGCAAACCAGCGAGAGAUUGUUAAUGCUGUCAUGAGUGGGCGAGAUGUUUUGGUGAUUAUGGCUGCUGGAGGUGGGAAGAGUCUUUGUUACCAGCUACCAGCUCUUCUAUAUGAUGGCCUUGCUCUGGUUGUCAGUCCUUUACUUUCUUUGAUUCAGGAUCAGGUUAUGGGUUUGGCUGCUUUAGGAAUUUCGGCAUCUAUGCUUACAUCAGCAACUAAUAAAGAAGACGAGAAGUUCAUAUACAAGAAUCUCGAAAAGGGUGAAGGCAGUAUAAAAAUAUUAUAUGUCACACCAGAAAAGAUAUCAAAGAGCAAGAGAUUUAUGUCUAAACUUGAAAAGUGCUAUCAUGCUGGUCGUCUUUCUCUUAUUGCAAUUGACGAGGCUCAUUGCUGUAGUCAGUGGGGUCAUGACUUUCGACCUGACUACAAGAAUCUCGGUAUUCUGAAGACUCAGUUUCCAAAUGCUCCUGUGAUUGCUUUGACUGCAACGGCCACUCAGAGGGUCCAAAAUGAUCUGGUUGAGAUGCUUCGCAUCCCCAAAUAUGUUAAAUUUGUCAGCACAGUCAAUAGGCCGAAUCUCUUUUACAUGGUAAGGGAAAAGUCAUCUGUUAGCAAGGUGGUGAUUGAUCAAAUAGCUGAAUUUAUACAAGAAUCUUAUCCUAACAAUGAAUCGGGGAUAAUAUACUGCUUUUCCCGAAAGGAGUGUGAGCAGGUUGCAAAGGAGUUACGUGUGAGGGGUAUUUCUGCUGACCAUUAUCACGCUGACAUGGAUUCUGUUGCACGUGAGAAAGUUCAUAUGCGGUGGAGCAAUUCUAGGUUGCAGGUUAUUGUUGGCACGGUGGCCUUUGGUAUGGGAAUCAACAAACCAGAUGUCAGGUUUGUCAUCCAUCACAGUCUGAGCAAAUCAAUGGAAACAUACUAUCAGGAAAGUGGACGAGCUGGACGUGAUGGGCUUCCAUCUGAAUGCCUACUUUACUAUAGGCCUGGUGAUGUCCCAAGACAAAGUUCAAUGGUAUUUUAUGAAAAUUCCGGAUUGGAGAAUCUCUAUGGUAUUGUUCAAUAUUGUCAGUCCAGAAGACAAUGUCGCCGCAGUGCCUUUUUCCGUCAUUUUGCUGAGCCAUUAAGGGACUGCAAUGGGAUGUGCGAUUUGUGUGCAGUUGCCAGCGAGGUUAAGGAAGUGGAUGUCUGUAGUCAUGCUAGAGUUAUUAUUUCGAUGUUACAAGAUGUACAGAAGAGCAAUCAGAAGAUGACAAUGUUGCAAUUAGUUGACAAAUUGAAAGCAAAACACAACGAACUAGUUUCUGACCUAAGGAAAGAGGAAAUAGAGCAACUUAUCAUACAACUUUUAUUAGAUCGUGUUUUGAAAGAAGAAUUUCAGCAUACAGCUUAUGCUACAAAUGCGUACGUUACAGUUGGGCCAUUGGCCCGGCAAGUUUUGCAAGGGAAGAAGGUUGUGAAACUUGAGAUUUCCGGCAAACAAAAGGUAACUGGUGUUAAAUCUAGAAGAAAAGGUGUUGCUUCAUCAGGUUUGGAGUAUAAGCUUGAUGAACUACGCAAGGAACUUGCAUCUGUUGAUGGAGGCAUAUUCCCUCAUUCGGUGCUCUCGACCCAGCAAAUCAGUGUCUUAAGUGCCCAAAAACCCACUUCCUUGGAUCAGUUGGAAACGCUGAUUGGAAAGGUGAAGGCAGAGAAGUAUGGAAAUAGAAUUCUUGAGGAAAUAGAAAAGUGGUCUGUUGGUCAAAACCAAAAUGCUUCACAAGAAGAGCAAGAAGAUGAAAAGAGGACUCCAAAAAGACCAAAAACCAUCAACUCUCCCAUUGUUAUUGAGAGCAGCGACGAGAAAGCCUGAUGAGUUCAACUGAGACCUGUCAGGAUUGUAUCUUCAAGAUCCAAUAUAACAGUUAAUCCACUGGUUUGUACCUUUCUUCCUUAUCUCUCUUUUUCUAUUUUCUAUUUAAGAACUGCUCUAAUUAAAGGCAUAUGGUCGGCUCUGAAUUCUGAGAGAAAUUCACUUGCUUUUUUUGGUUGCUCCCUGUCCUGCCAUGUGCCAUACUUAAUUUAAAUGGUGAUCCUAACUUAGAUGCAAUGAGAAGUGAAUUCUUCAUUACUAA